AUGGGUAGUUCUGGCGGUACGUUCAAGCCCGAAAGAAAUGUGAUGAUAUCAUUAUUUGGCGCUGAAUGCUCGGAAUGGCCCUUCUCGGACUCGACGCUAAUGCACGCUUUGGCGUUCAAAACGCAGCAAGAAAAGACCAAACAGCAAUUCUACAGGCUAGAAUGUGUGAAUCGGUCGAUCGAGCUGCUCAAAACGGCCAUGAGGGCCAACGUGCCGGGCCCAAUGAUCGCACAACUAUUCCAAGGAUCAGGAUCGGGAAUUGAUGCGUUGUCGAGCGCAGGAGCCAAUUCUUCGCAGCAACCGAGUUCCAAUGCUAGCGGUGGGCACGAACGCAACCCGCAGGACUCGUCGCUCACGGAUUCGCUCACAGAGUCACAUUUGGAAUCGCAUACAAGUCCACGCACGAAUUCCGCAAUGCGAAGACCGCCAAGCGUGGGAUCGGCACCACUCAACUAUAGCUUCCCGCCAGUAAACGGCUCUGGCGUCACUAGCAUGCAUCGCAGGACCAACUCGCCGGCGAGAAUAGGUGCUGCUGCCGUGGCAACGCUGGACGAACACAACCAUCUGAAAGAAGAAGACAAAGACGACUUGCCAGAGGCUGUUUCGCUACCCCGAUCUUACCACAUGAGCAAUCGCUCUCCCCUGCAGUUUCACUCGCAUCGCAGGAAUUUCUCGGUUCCGCUCGCAAGGCCCACUGAUCUUUCACCACAGGAACCUCCCGCACAAUUUCCAUACAGGAAACCUCACAACCCAAUGACCUCAGUGAUAAACUUCGGCUCGUGGCAAAGCUACGAUCCGGUCCCACCUUCCACCAUGAGACGCUCAGGCUCCAUAAGGAAGCACAGAAAAACAAAAUCUGCGAACAUAACGCCAAAUUUCGGUGUCAUAGACAUGAAUGUUGCCAACCAGGUUCGUCUUCCAGAAUUAACUGAAUCUCAUGACUUCUACGCACCCAAGGACAAAAAUCGGGUGAAAGAUGAAAACGGAUUCGACGACCAACAGACCUGUAGUGAGCAUAGCAGCCGCGAAUCAACACCUAUACCUCAAGUGACAAAGGGCCCCAAUUUUGCCAAUAAUUUGCUGAAUAGUUAA